AAUCUGACAUUGAGAAAUAAUGGAAGACAUCAAGCGACGGCGGGCUUACACUCAGCGGUCGCGCACCGGCUGCCGCACAUGUCGGUGCGUUCCCAACCCCACUGCCACCACCACUGCCACCACCACUGCCACUACCACCACCACCACCACGAUCCUCACACUGACAUCCCCCCAGACUCCGCAAGAUCAAGUGCGACGAGACCCCCGGCGAGUGUGUCCGGUGCACCGUCGGCGGGUGGGACUGUCAUUACGAGGAUAAUCGCCUGCCCGUGGUCACCCGUGGCCGGCCUGCCCGGAUCAUCUGGCCACCGUCCUUGCCGCGCCUGCUGCCGCCGCAGCCCGGGGCCAGCAGCGAUGAACGGCGCUGCUUUGGCAUCUUCAUGGCCCAUACGGCGCCCAUGAUGAUCUGCUGGUUCGAUUCCGAGGUGUGGCAGCGAAUCGUCGUCCAACUCAGCCACGCGGAACCCGCCGUCUACCAUACCGUCGUGGCGUUGAGUGCCCUCCAUGAGGAUAGCCAACUCACUGGCCACCCGCCUCGCAAGCUGGAUCUCACCAACGGUCACCACCGCUUUGCGCUCGAGCAGUAUGGCAAGGCUAUCUCUCUGCUGCGACGACGCUUGACCUCGCACGAUCCGCAGGUCCGCGAGCUGGCCCUGAUGUGCUGCAUCAACUUUACUUGCUUUGAACUGUUCCGCCAAAACUACGGGAAUGCCUUUAUUCACCUACGUAAUGGGGCCAAAAUGCUGGACUACCGUCGUUGGGGAUCAGGAGCAAUGUUGGGACAUGACUCCCGGUCUGUGACCCGUGGACAUUGGGCACCCCGAGGCUCCGGGACGGAAACCGCGCUGGCAAAGGUGUUUAUCCAUCUCGACGCCCACUCGGCCCAAUUCGGGCAGGAAGGUCCUUUUCUCCGGCUUCCCCUGGGACUCGACACCCGCAGUCCUCCGAUCAGCAGCAUUGUCGACGUCAAACAGCGACUCGAUCCCAUCCUGAGCAAUAUCCUGCGAUUCCGCCGAUCGUGCGAGCCCCUCCUGCGCGGGGAGCCGGGUGACCGGGAUCUCCCCACGGCCAUGGCUGAGCAGAGCCGGAUUUGCGACGUGCUGAUGGCGCACAUAGCGGGAUUUGACGACUUUGUCAGAACCCAGGUGAUCAGCUCUCUCAGCAGCAAGGAGCGGCGCGGCAUGGACGUGAUGCGGAUGCAGCAUCUCGCUCUGCUCAACAUUCUGGACACCAGUCUCGUAACCUCGGAGAUGAUCUACGAUUGCUAUCUGGAGGAAUACCAGACCAUCACCCGUCUGGCCGGAGGGAUCAUGGCCAGCUUCCAGGCCGAGUAUGGCCGUCGUCGGCCCACCGUGGCCAUGGACAUGGGGGUCAUCCCCUCGCUGUUCUGGGUGUGUCUGAAAUGCCGACAUCAGCCCACCCGGCAGCACGCCCUCGAGCUGCUGGAAUCGUGGCCGCAUCGGGAGGGCGCCUACGAUGGGGGAGUCAUGGCCAGCGUUGUUCGCGAGCACAUGGCUCGGGAGGGUCAGCUGCACGCCGAGGGCCAGUCGGGCGCCAUUCCCGAGUCGGCUCGGUGGGGAAGCAUCGAUCGGGUCGACUCCGUUCAUGAUGAAGCCGACGACACUUCCCACCGCCCUGGGGAAGGUUACCUGCCCUGAUGGGGGGACUUCGAUCCCACUCGGAGGAACUCCGGCCGGCAUCGCCUGCCCCAACGGGAGAGUGGGUCCUGUGCGGACCGGGAGUUGCCGGAUGGGGCAAGAGGCCCCGCUGCGACCCGAAAGGGAAAGUUACCACAAUCGGCAAUAAGCACCAUCGUACCAAAUUACCAUGUAGAAUCAGACGGGUUCAACCAAUGGAGACAAUCUACACUUUGCUGCUAUUUCGCUAAUACACAAGGUGGGAUGGUAUCUCACAAGGUGGACGACACCGUUGGCGGCUUCUUGCUCGGGAAUCCGCCAUUGGGGUGGAUGAUGACCUUGGUGUAGCCCUCCACCCGCUUAUCAAACUUCUCAUAGGCCGUUUCCGCCUCGUCGAUGCUGAUCUCGUGCGACACCACAAAGCUGGGCUUGGCCUUCCCCGCAAUGAUGAGGUCCCGCAGUUGUCGGUUGUACGCCUUGACGUUGCACUGGCC